AUGUCAACACCGAUAGUAACUAAUAGUAUAAAUAUUAAUAGUUUCGAAAAUGGGAAAAUUCAUUAUCAAUUUUAUAAAUAUAUUCGUAAUUGUCAAGAAAAUAGAACAUGGUUUUAUAUUAAAAACUUUAUUUUAACAUUAAUCAUGUUAAUAAAUGAAGCAGUAUUUUUUUACAAUUCAUUACAAUUUGAUAUAACAGGGUGUUCAAUAAAUCAAAAUAAUAAUAAUAAUAAAAGUGGAGUAAUUCAUAAUAAUAAAUUUCAAAAUUACACAUUAUCAAAUUGUAUCAAUUAUAGGGUAGAGUAUUGUAUUCCAUCAAUUUAUAGUGCCUCUGGUGACGAGUCCCUAAGUUUUAGAGUUCCUUUAGUUAGCAAAUAUUCAAGGAAUCUUAGAAUUGAUGAUGCCAUAGUAAUAACAUGCAGUUGUUUAUUUUUAUUAGUUUGCUUAUUAAUUUCAAGAAUUAUAAGAUUACAGUAUAUUAAGAGAUCAAGAAUUCAAUUACUACUCACAGUGAAUGUAUUGGCAACUAAACCACGUAUAACCAGAGAGGAAAGAUUAGGUUUGUUAGGAUUAUGUUUUGGGGUUGUAUUUUAUUCAUCACUAAAGCUAUGGGUUAUUAACACAAUAAAUAAGGACGUUUCAAGUAUAGAAUGUUAUGGCCAAACUGUAGAUCUGGAGUUUGCCGAUAAAACAUCAAAUUCACUGGUUCAAUCUAUAAGCAAUUUCUUUAUUUUCUUAUAUUUAUUCAAAGACCCAAUACUUGAUAUAUAUCAUAAUAUCACUGAUAUAUUUUCAGAUUUAGAUCUUAUAGAUUUGGUUCGUUAUGGUGAUGAUGAAAUGAUCGAUCACUUAAAGAAAAUUCAAACAUUACCAGUCCAAAAUGUAAUAGAGGCCGUAAGGAUAUAUAUCGAUCAAAAGUAUAGUGAUGAAUCAAAAAUUAAAAGAAAAAGCCGUUCAAAUAUAUUUAGAGCAUUCGCCUUCACUAAAAAUACAGAGAUAUUAGAAGCUAUAAAUCAAUAUAAAUUAUCUCAUCCACAUCACUUUAAAUCAAUAUUUAAUAAUAAAAGUAAUGAAAAUGCAACCAAUACUCAUUUCAUUAAUCAAUAUAAAAAUUUUAAUGAAGAAGAUUUUAUAAAUAAUGAAGACGAUAGUAAUAACAACAACAACAAUAAUAAUAACAACAAUAGUAUUGAUGAUGAUACAAGUGAUGAUAAAGAUGAAGAAGAAUCAUUAUCAAGUCAAGAAAAUAAAAAAUUAUUAAAUUAA